CGGGUGCAAAUUGCCAGAUGCGCUGGCUUCAUUAAAUCCAGGAUCUGUUCUCUUGAAGGCCGACCCCGAGAAGCCAAGACACAGCAAUAACAGAGAUGCCCGAGGUCUUGGUCCCUUGCCGCAAAGGCGAACAUCAAGACAGAUAUCAAGAUACAAAGCGAAGCCAACUGCCACUAUGGUUGCAGUAUGAAAAUCCUUGAAAGAUGAUGAGAGAUGAUUCAGCCAAAAGAUUCUUGAAAAUGUCACCACCCUACUCUCUCGUUGUUUUCUGUUGGCUCCUUCUUCUACUGCAAUUGCCUUUGACGGCAGCAGCCAUCCAGGAGUAUUUGUAUCGCAGCAUGAAUCCACCCACAAAGGCACAUCCUGUGAUGGACUACUACACCACUCUGAAGGAUGAUUCAAAAGAGACGCCGAUUCCUGACUUUUUGUCGAGUGACCAGAUGGACCACCCACGCGUUGUGGAAUUCUAUUCCCCCACGUGUCCUCAUUGCCAGGCAUUUGCGCCACAGUACGUGCAAUUUGCCAAUGACUUUGGCAAUUGGACAGCAAAAACUCAACAUCAGUCCCUUGGCAACGUACAAUUUCAUGCCGUGUCUUGUUCGGUCCACAAGACAGUUUGUCGACAAGAGAGCAUUCGAAACUAUCCCACCAUCAAGGUCAUUCCGGCGUACAAGACAUCGGCAGCGGCUGUCCAACUCCAAGAUUAUCAAUUGCAUGCCUUCAAAUUGGCCACUAUUUUGGGUGCUGAAGCUGUUCCAUCAUUGCCAACUCUACAACCACAACCACAAGUUCCAGCUGGUAGUAACAACAGGAUCAGGAGACCACCUGGAAAACACGUCGUGCCAAGGACUGCCAAAACCAACAACAGAGACAAAUUACUAGUACCAAUCAAAAAGAAGAAAGCUGCUACUCCACCGUUGUCCAGGAGCUCGUCUCGGAUUCUGACUCGCACACAAACGGAAGUCUUUACAGAUGCCUAUCUGUCCUUCUUUCGAACCAUGAAAGACAGUGUCUUUAUGGCAGAGGGGCCACUGGCCAAAGACCGAAAGGUCAAACUCAAGGCGUUUCUGGAACUAUUGCAAGAUGCACUACCCCCUUGGAAACUGUUCCACGCCCUCCUUGACAAGCUCUUGUUGGAUUUCAACCGCAUUGUCUACCACGAACGGGUCUGGGAAUCGACACUGGAACGGUUUGCACUUUCUACAUCCGAUUGGAGUCUGGCCUGUCAACAACAUGGCAGCGAGUAUACGUGUGGUUUGUGGAGUCUGUUUCAUAUUGUGACGGUGGGAGUCACGGAAUACAAUCGACAUGUACCACCAACCCAGCAAGACAACAAACAAGCGUACUUUAACAUGGUGGCGGCGGCCGACACGAUCAAGGAUUUUAUAGAAACCUUUUUCAUUUGUCAAGAAUGCACGCGACAUUUUGUGCAAGAGUACAACAAUUGUACCUAUCAUCGCUGUGAGAGACUGCAACAACAAAAGAACUGGCAGCAGCUCCCGCUUUGGUUGGCGGAAACGCACAAUGGGGUCAAUGUCCGACUGCAACGAACGCGACAACAAUCAUCUACAACAAAAAUGACCACAACAGAACAACAACAACAACAACAACAACAACAGAAUGCCAUGUGGCCAUCCGCAAAGGAAUGUUCUGCUUGUUGGUUGGAAGAAAGAGGAAAUCUGUCUCGCUAUGAUGAGCCAAUCCUGUACAAGUAUCUGCGACUCAUCUAUUG